CAUCGAAUAUCGUCGGGUCAAAGAGGAAAGAAACCCAGGAGACUUUAUUUCUCCGCUGGUGGCCUAGGGUUUCUAAAUCCAACCAAAAGGGGGCAAUUAUUCAGCUCAAUUGCAAGGUUAGGUGCGUGGUGUAAAUUCAUCUGCUCUAGAUCUCGCUGCUCAUCUCUUUGGCUGUGUUAGAUGGGGACGCCGUCUGGAUCUCAUUUCAACAAUCAAUCCUCAAUGUUGCCUCCUCGUCAGCAACCUCGCCCUGGUGGUGGGGGGCUGCAGACCUCCCUGUCCUUGGUUUCAGCAGAUGCGUGUGGAUCUCCUAAUCUUGAGCGUGGCUCGAAUUCUGAUCAGGUGCACGAAUCUCCUUCGGAGAGUGCCAGUUCACGAGAAACCUGGCCCACAGCUGAUGCUUUGGUUGCAAAAAAAAUGGAGAAGGAGAAAGAGAAUGGAUUUGCUGAGCACUCUGUUGUCCGUAACUUUUCGAGCUCUGAUAAGAUGUCUCUUCGAGAUGUGGCACGCGAGAGGGUGGACAUUGUAGCAGAGAAGAUGCAAAACCUCCCGGACAAGUAUCUUGACAAGUUUAAAAACGAGCUCCGUACUUUUCUUGAAGGCUUGGGCGGUUCUCAGCAAAGAGAGGAGUUUCUGUUUCUUCAGAAGCUGGUCCAAAGUAGGGGUGAUUUGACAGAGCAAACUCUGGUCAUGGCACACAGAGUUCAACUAGAGAUUCUUGUUUCUAUAAAGACUGGUAUUCAGGCAUUUUUGCAUCCAAGUGUUAGCCUCUCCCAGGCUUCUCUUAUUGACAUUUUCCUGUACAAAAGGUGCAGAAACAUUGCAUGUGGAAGUGCAUUGCCAGCAGAGGACUGCAUGUGUGAGUUGUGCUCAAAGAGAAAUGGUUUCUGCAACCUCUGUAUGUGUACCAUCUGCAACAAGUUCGAUUUCGAGGUUAACACAUGCCGCUGGAUAGGGUGUGAUUCAUGCUCUCAUUGGACUCACACGGACUGUGCUAUUCGGAAUGGGCUUAUUGGAAUGGGACCUUGUGUUACUAACGGUUCAAGCUCUGCAGAGAUGCUUUUAAGGUGCCGAGCUUGCAAUAGGACAUCUGAGCUAGUAGGGUGGGUAAAAGAUGUCUUCCUGCACUGUGCACCUAGCUGGGAUAGGGAUGCACUAAUAAGAGAACUUGACUUUGUAAGUAGAAUUUUCCGUGGGAGUGAAGAUUCAAGAGGCAGGAAGCUGUUCUGGAAGUGCGAGGAGCUUAUGGAGAAAUUAAAAACUGGGGUUGCUGAAACUGUGGCUUGUAAAGUAAUCUUAAUGUUGUUUCAAGAACUUGAGGCAGACCCUUCAAAGAACCAAGAGAAUGAAGAUGGCAGGAUGAUAUCGCCACAGGAGGCAUUCAAUAGGAUAGCUGAUGUGGUACAAGAAGCUGUUAAAAAGAUGGAAAUUGUUGCUGAGGAGAAGAUGCGGAUGGUCAAAAAGGCCCGCUUGGCUGUAGAAGCUUGUGAGCAAGAGCUGAAGGACAAAGCGCGUGAAGUUUCUGCUCUGAAGACAGAGCGGCAGAGGAAAAAGAUUCAAAUUGAUGAGCUUGAAAGUAUUGUAAGGCUUAAACAGGCUGAGGCAGACAUGUUUGAGCUGAAGGCCAAUGAGGCUCGCCGUGAAGCUGAGAGGCUGCAAAGAAUCGCACUUGCCAAGACUGAGAAGUCAGAAGAGGAUUACGCUAGUAGAUAUCUCAAGCAAAGAUUGCACGAGGCUGAAGCUGAGAAGCAGUAUUUGUUUGAAAAGAUCAAGCUUCAGGAGAGCUUGAGACCAACACAAAGCAGUGCUGGAACAAGUGAGCCUCCCCAUGCAAUGUACAACAAAAUCCAGGACCUGCUGAAGAACAUGUACAGCACCUCAUCCAAGGGAGAUGCCCAAUCGAGUGACUUCCACUCUCUUGGCGCCAUUCCUUGAAUCUAUAUGUCUGUAAAUUACAUCCUUUAAAUUAAACGUGACAUGGUAUGUAUGGUUACUGUUUCAAAUCUUCAGUGUACGCUGCUGAACCCUUUCUACUGAUAUUAGAAGUGUCAACUUUUGAUGGAGAAAAUGUAUAAUUCUAUUACUAUUUGUUA